GCACUCUAUUAAUGUAGCCUAUAUAUAUAUAUAUACGCUAUGUUAAAUGUGUUUAAAAAAUUUAAUUCUGCUUGUAACCUGUAGUAUGUAUUGUAGAUGACGUAUCUAUUUAAAUUUAACUUUAUUUGAGAAAUCUUGUUAUUCAGCCAUGCCCCGCCCCCGCGAGAGAGGCGAGUGAGUCCGUCUCACCGGUUCCCAGGCUGGCUGUGGGCUAAUGUGCACCUUGCAAAACAGUUGCGGUUGGCUUUUUGAUCACCGUGUACAGAGACACGGUCAGGUGAGGAGCGAGAUCCAGAAGGUGACGCCUUGAAAAUGCCCAACUCUAUCUUUUGUGUGACUAUAUGGAGUGAGUGUUUAGUUAGUUUAGUUAUCCAUAGGUUGACUGCAGGUUCGUAUAUAUAAUAUGGAACUGAAAAAUCACAUAUCUUUGAUGGCGACAACGAUUUUCAGCUUGAUUCUGAUCAACUGUGUGCUCAGUGAUGAGUGGACUCAUGCCCAUGUGGAGGAUAAGCUCUUCAAGAGGCUGUUCAUUGGCUACAACAAGUGGUCCCGCCCGAUCGAGAACACCUCCGAUGUGGUAAUUGUCAAGUUUGGCCUCUCCAUCGCCCAGCUUAUCGACGUGGAUGAGAAGAACCAGAUGAUGACCACUAACUUGUGGCUGAAACAGGAGUGGAAUGACUACAAGCUGAGAUGGCGUCCAUCAGACUAUGACAAUGUAACGUCCAUAAGAGUUCCCUCAGAGCUCAUAUGGAUACCAGACAUCGUCCUUUACAACAAUGCUGAUGGAGAUUUUGCCGUGACUCACAUGACCAAGGCCCACCUGUUCCACACUGGCCGGGUCGUCUGGGUUCCUCCCGCCAUCUACAAGUCCUCCUGCUGCAUCGAUGUCACCUUCUUCCCCUUCGACCAGCAGAACUGCAAGAUGAAGUUUGGCUCCUGGACCUAUGACAGAGCCAAGAUAGACCUAGAGCCCACCGAGGAUGCGGUCGAUUUGAAGAACUACUGGGAGAGUGGCGAGUGGGCCAUCGUUAACGCAGUGGGAACGUACAACACCAAGAAGUACGACUGCUGCCACGAGAUCUACCCGGACAUCACCUACUUCUUCAGGAUCCGGAGACUCCCCCUGUUCUACACCAUCAACCUCAUCAUCCCCUGCCUGCUCAUCUCCUGCCUCACCGUGCUGGUCUUCUACCUGCCCUCCGACUGCGGGGAGAAGAUCACCCUGUGCAUCUCCGUCCUCCUCUCCCUCACCGUGUUCCUCCUCCUGAUCACCGAGAUCAUCCCGUCCACCUCGCUGGUCAUCCCCCUCAUCGGGGAGUACCUCCUCUUCACCAUGAUCUUCGUCACCCUCAGCAUCGUCAUCACCGUCUUCGUCCUGAACGUGCACCACCGCUCGCCCUCCACCCACACCAUGCCCCGCUGGGUCCGCACCCUCUUCCUGUCCCUGGUGCCGCGCUGGCUGUGCAUGAGGCGCCCGCCGCCCGAUAUGAGGAGGCGGAGCCUGGUCGCCAAACUCCUCCCCCUCGGGAGCGCCGGCCCCUCCCACGGCGCCUCCCACGGCGCCUCCCACGGCGCCUCCCGCUCCACCACGCACACCUGGCUCACGCGGGAGUCCGACGUCGAUCUCCGAGGACACGAGGAUGUGUGUCGCCACGGUUACAGGGACGAAGUGGGCGUGGUACGACGUAGUUACCGGGAAGCGGAUGUGGAUGUCCAUGGUGACUCGGACACUGAUGUAGGGUUAGGGGUGAGGGGGAGGCUGACUCCCUCCUUCCCCCCUUCCUCCCCUGUCCUGCCUGGCCUCACCACCCUCCCCCACAGCCUGUCAUCUCUGAGCUCCAUGCUGCACCCCCAGAGACCCCCCAGUCUCCUCUCAAGCCUGCAUUGGGACACCCCUUCACCUGAACAUGGUACAAUCCAGGACAUGGCCUUGUCCCUGUCGCCGGCCGUACUACGAGCACUGGAGGGGGUGACCUACAUCGCAGAGCACUUGAGAGCAGAGGAUGCAGAUGUAUCUGUGAAGGAGGACUGGAAGUAUGUUGCCAUGGUGAUCGAUCGGAUCUUCCUGUGGAUGUUCGUCAUCGUGUGUCUGCUAGGAACCAUCGGACUCUUCCUUCCCCCGUGGCUCUCCGGAAUGAUCUAGAACCCCGACCCCUGCACCGGAGAACACCGGAGAACUUUACCAUAGCUCCAGAGAACACUAGAACCUGAUGGAUGCUCUACAGAACAUAAGAACAUCACACCUUCCACUGACAUUAGAAUCUUACCCCUGCGCCGUAGAACAUUAGAACCCUUCAUUCCACUCUAACCUGGACAUAUGAGAAGAAGGGAACAUUGUAUAGAGUGUUUUUCGUGAGGGGUUUUAAAUGUCUGUGCACAUACUUUAUCAUAUAUAUCAUAUUUAUCAUAUUGUCAUUUAAUAUUUAUGCAUGUGAGAAAGAAGAAGACUUAAAGAAUAUAUGUACUGUGCAUAGAUAGAGAAUCAUACAAUAGAAUAUGAAAUAGGAAGAGGAAGAAAAGAGAGAGAGAGAAAUGGAAAGUAUUUGAGCGUCUGGGGUUACUAACAAUUAGCCCGUCUGAGUAGCAGAUGACACCUGAAUAGCUCUUCUGGUCACUGAGCCAGGAGGCGAGAACACUGGAGCUGAGAGAGGAUGGAGCAGAAGAGAACGGGAGGAGGAGAGGAGAAGACAAGAGGAAAAAACAGGAGAGGACAUUUAAGGAGAAGAGAUGGAGAGAAGGGAGGAGAGGACGCGAGGAGAGUGUAGGAAAAGUGGGUCACGAGGACAGGGGGAGGAGACAAAACCAGGAAAGAUGAAAGGGAGAAACACGACGAACCUUAGAGAAGAGCAGGAAACGAUAGUAGAGUGGAGAAGACAUGACUGAAUCUAAUGACGAGGGGAGAGGAGGAGAGGGAGAGACAGAGGGACAGGUGACAGGAAAGAAGACCAUCCUGCUGUAUUGUCUCCUGCUUGGUAAUUACUCGACAUGAAAAUGGAGGCCAAUCAGAUUAUACUUUCAGAGGUCUUCGGAUUUCCUGUUCCAUCUGUUGACAGGCCGGGAAGCUCUGAAAGACAGGCCAACUGCCUGCUAGUGGAUCUGUACAAAGUACCCCUCCUGCUGGUGAAUGUAGGAACUACAGUGUAUUUCCACAAGGUGACGUGGUUUGUUUGUGCUGUGUGUUAUGUUUCUUCUGAAACCAUUUCUCUGUGUGUCAGGGGCGUAGCCACGGGUACCCAAUGUGUUCUAAGGCCUACCCAAAAACGAAAAUAUCUCCGAAAAAUUAUGCACCGGGUGCACAUCGCAAAGUAAAUAAGUAAAAAAAAAAGAAAAGAUGCCUAUCCAUAUUUUUCUAGGCCUACCCAAAAAGAUUAUUCUGGCUACGCCCCUGCUGUGUGUGUGUGUGUGUGUGUGUGUGUGUGUGUGUGCGUGCGUGUAUGCGUUCUAAGUUAAGAGCAGUCCGAGAAUUGUAGUAGUUUGUGGAACAGGAAGCUUGUCACCUCCAAAAAAUAACCUGAUAACAUCUACAGCAUGUUUAUUCACCUGAUAAAGCACUUCUGUUUCUCUCUUGUCUUAAGCAUAAAACACUUUAAUGAACUCAAAAAAUAAAUCAGUUAU